AUACACACAAGACACGAGUAUACCGUACGGAAUAUACAGUACAUAUAAGUGAGAAAUCAAGAUGGCACCCAACCCUGAAUUUCAUUGAGAUUGAGACACAGGUGUCACUCGAUUCGUAAUAAAAAAUAUAUAUCUAUAAUCUAUACACUGUCCACAAAGAUCCACCUGUGUAUUUUCUGUCGUGCAAAUAUUUUUUAAAAUAUACAUCAAAUAUUGUUAAUAAACAAGUGCAACUUAUAAUUAAUAAUUAUUAUAUUAUAAUUAUUAAUACCAAUAACAUGAUUGUCGAAGUUUUAUUGUAAAGAAUAAAUUAGUCAUAAAAAAACAAGAGAAAAAAACAGUUAAUUAUUCAUCAAUGAACAAUAGAUGAGACUGAUUAAUAAUAUCAACAAUAUUGUUUGUUUGUUACAUAAAAAAUAUAAUUCAUGGUUUAAUAAAUAUAAUUAAUAUAAUAGACGAAAAUUAGUCCAAUAAAAUGGAUCGUUCGCAACACAGUAUGACGUUUACUGGGGGUGAUAGUAAUUUGCACGAUUAUUGGGAAGCUUAUCAGAAAAUGAUUGAGGAAACUAAAAUGCUAGAUGAUUAUCUUGAUGAGGAGUCGAGUCCCAGAAGUUAUGAUGAGGGUGAAGAAGAAGCAGAUUGGCUUAAAGCUGCAGGUUUGAGUGAAUUAACAGAACCAUGGAAAGCAGGAAGAGAAAUUCAACCAGAAGAAUUGGGCGCUGCAUUGCGUACACUAUCGCGUGCACAAGCUGAAGCUGUAAAACGUCGUGUUAGGUCGCUUAAUCAUACUGUUAAACAAAGAUUUAAUCAGCGUACUAGAGCACGUAAACCAGAUAUACGUGAUGUUUUCAAAGAUGUUGAAGCGUCAAGCGUAGGUACGAGAUCACGUAGUGCGACUCCUGAUUCAUUAGACAGCGUUAACGAUUCUACCGAAACACCUGAAAGUGCAUCCCCACCGUCACCACCUACUGUCGUUAAUACAGCCGUCGAAUCGCAUCAUACAAGUAUUAAUAUCCCAAGUUUUGUUUCAAUAUUUCAUCGUAAUUCCCACGACGACAAGGAAUACAAAGAGAAUAGCCAUCGACAGACAUCAUCUGUUAGUAGUAAUAAUAAUAAUGUAUCCAUAGUAACGCCAACUCCAUUGCCAGUGCAAGAAAUAUUUCGUCGUACUGGAUACCAUUGGUCGCAUGGUGGUGAUAUUGCUAGUGAUUCAGAAGGUAUUGAAUUGACUGCCUACCAGAGAUUAGGAACAAUAAGUUUAGCUAGACCAAUUAUCCAACGUGCUGGUGGUAGUGAUCCAAGUGAAAUUGCCUCUGAAAAGUUGGAUGCUAAUAGUCAUGACAAUGAUAAUCAUGAAGAAAAUCACCGUGUGACAAAUAAAAUAGAUAGGAAUAAUAAGGAAACAUUGAAACGAAGUAUUGGUGGUGGCAGUAAUCAUGCGAGUGUCACUCGAAGUCAUAGUAGUUUGUAUGGACUAACAAGACCGGCGGAUCAUUUGAUAACGAGACCGUUGAACAGAACGUCGUCACAUGAUCACUUGAGUUUUGAACAAAUGUGCCGGGCUAAUGAGUCCAUGACGGGGGUCGUGUCUUCCCAAGAAAAUGACGACUGGAGUCAUAGUGCGGAUGUUGAUUUUGAAAGAUGUGGGGUCGAAUUAUUGUCACAGAGAGAUUUGAUGAGACUGCGGUCAUUGCUGUGGUUGGAAUUGACUGCUGUGUUUGAUAAAUAUAAUUUACCGUUGGUCAAAAGAAAACCAAAUAAACGGAGACAAAAAGCUGGUAAUUUAUUUAGCGUAUCAUUGUCGACAUUAUUAUUACGUGAUAGUCAAUUAACCAACGAAGAAAACAACAUUCCACUGAUAUUUCAAAAACUGUUAAACGAAUUAACGCAACGAGGUAUAAAAGAAGAAGGUAUCUUACGUGUCGGCGGUAAUAAACAAAAAGUUGAACUGCUGUGUACAGAAUUAGAGACGGAUUUUUACAGCAAACCUAAAGAAGUUGAUAAAAUAAUCCAACGUACGCCUUGCCAUGAUUUGUCAGCAGUAUUAAAAAAAUUACUACGUGAUUUACCUCAACCGCUGCUUACUGUCGAGUAUAUUGACGCAUUUUAUCAAAGUCACGGUGUAAAAAAUCCAAAUGAUUUAUCGUAUUCAUUAAAUUUAUUGGUACUAUUGCUACCAGUAGAGCAUCGGUGUACAUUAAAAGCGUUAUUAAAAUUUUUAAAAUUAGUCAUUGAUAAUAAAAGUUCAAAUAAAAUGUCAAUACACAAUGUGUCGAUGAUUGUCGCGCCGUCAUUAUUUCCGCCACGAUAUAUUUAUCCUCGUGAUCGUACGGAUCUAAGCGCUCAAGUAAAUAUGGCUGCUGUUUGUUGUCAAUUAACAGAAGCGCUUCUUAUUAAUAUUGAUAAAUUAUGUAAUGUACCGAGUAAUUUAUUGAAACAACUGAGAAGACAAUCCGAAGAAGACAGGUAUCGUAAAUAUAAAAAAAAAUAGUUUAUUUUAUUCUAUUUUAUUUUAUUGGUGCUCGCCUGAGUAAGAUAUGAUUUUAUUAUUAGUUUUAAUACAACCCAAUUUCUCGUUUAAUUGUUUUAAUUUUUUUUUUUUUAUAAUUAGCAGAUUAAUUGAUUUUAAUUGCAGUUACAGUAAAAUAUGUACUUAAAAUUUUUCGUGGUUUUUUUUUAUUUUUUAAAUUUUGGGUGACGUCUCCGAUUGCUGGUAAAGCGGAAGUGGAACAAAAUCUUUGGUACAAAAACCAUCAGCUUUUAAAAAUCGAAUUUUAAAAAUAAAAAAUUUUUUAAAAUAAUAAAUAAAAAUUUAUAUUUCAUAAAUUUUAUAACAAAAAAUUUAAGCUCAAUACAAUAAUUAAAAAUCAAAAUUUUAUAUUUUUAUACUUACAAUUAUAAUUAUAAAUAAUAAUAAUUACUGCCUUGAAAAUGAAUAAUAAAAAAAUUUAAUUUUACUUUUUAAAGUAAAAAUAUUAAUUGAUAAGAAAAUAAAAACGACAUCAGUGCAAUUAAUAAAUUUUUCAAAUUAAAAAUUUUUAUUAUUUUAUGGGUGC